AUGAAUCAGUAUUUCGUUCUGUUUUAUUUAGCGACAACAGCACAUUUUGGUAAAACUUUAGAAAACGGAUUAGCUAGGACACCACCAAUGGGAUGGAUGUCUUGGACGAAAUUUUACUGUCAGAUGGAUUGCUUACAGCAUCCUUUCACAUGUAUCAGUGAAAAACUUUACAUGGAUAUGGCCGAUCGUAUGGUAGAAGAUGGUUAUCUGCAGGCAGGUUAUCAAUAUGUUCAUGUUGAUGACUGCUGGAUGGAACGAGAAAGGGAUCACAACAAUCGUCUUAUUCCGGAUCGGCAACGAUUUCCAAGCGGAAUGGCUGCGCUUGCUGAUUAUAUGCAUCAGCGUGGUCUGAAAUUCGGUAUCUAUGAAGAUUAUGGUACAGCUACAUGUGCUGGCUUUCCAGGCAGUUAUCAACAUACAAAAAUAGAUGCUGAUACAUUUGCUGAGUGGCAGGUUGAUUAUCUCAAGCUUGAUGGUUGUAAUAUUAAUGUCGAUCUGAUGCCGACAGGCUAUAUUGAAAUGGGUCGAAUGCUAAAUUUAACUGGUCGGCCUAUCGUCUAUUCAUGCAGUUGGCCCGCCUAUCUCAUUAAUCAACCGGAUAAGGUUAAUUAUCAGUUAAUUGGAGAACAUUGUAAUUUGUGGCGUAAUUUUGACGAUAUAAAGCGUUCCUGGGCUUCCAUAAGAACUAUCAUCGAUUAUUAUGAUCAUCACCAAGAUAAACAUAUUCCUGCACAGGGUCCUGGAAGAUGGCAUGAUCCCGACAUGAUCAUUGUAGGAAAUACGGAAUUAACGGUUGAUCAAGCAAAAGUUCAAAUGUCUAUUUGGUCAAUUUGGUCUUCACCGUUAAUUAUGUCUAAUGAUUUGAGAAUGAUUGCUCCCGUUUUCCGGGAUAUUUUAUUAAAUAGACGGGUUAUUGCUAUUGAUCAGGAUCCACUUGGUAUCAUGGGACGAUUGGUUGCUAAUACCACCGAUACAGGCAUUUAUGUGAAACCUGUAAUUCCAGCAGAACCAUCGGCUCAUCGUUAUUCCUAUGCUGUAGCUAUUUUCAAUCGUAAUCUUUCCCAAAAGAUGAAUGUGCGCUUUUUGCUAUCGAAAAUUGGACUGAAUAAUUCCGCUGGCUAUUUAGUAGAAGAUUUAUGGAGCGGUGAGCUUAAAGGCUUACUAAAACCUAAUGAUUUUUAUUCCAUAGACGUGAAUCCUACUGGUAUUGACUUUUUCAAAGCAACCUUACCAGAUUUAUAG